AUGGGGAUCAAGAACUCCACCACAACUCUUGUCCAGAGCUGGGGCAGCACUCAAGGCCGUCUGGUGCGCGUGGAAGUUCUCGUCCUCUUCAGCACCUUCAUUUGGAUCCUUGUCAAGUUGUUUGGCUCAGAGAGGCGGCGGUAUAGCCAUGCAUUCUUCCGCUUCUUCGUGUGGGCGGUGUACACUCUCUUCACCGUGCUGGGCCCUUUCACCAUCGGAUUGUUGCAGGAUGGUCCCUUCCGUGACCAGACAUUCGUCCUUUGGGCGACCAUCCUCCUCCUCAUCCAAGUGAGUGCUGACUCCCUCUCAGUCUACAGCAUCCAUGACAUUGAGCAGAGGAAGAGGGUGCUUGUGCAGCACGUAGUACAGAUCAUUCUCGUGCUAUGGCUGAUUCUGAACUGCAAAGGUCGAAACAAAAGCUACGCUGCAACCAUCUGGAUAAUCUGGAUUCAGAGCAUCAUUCUGGCAUACAUGAAUGCUGGGACUCUAAGCAACGCAAGCAAGAAAGGAGGUUUGCUGAAGCAGUCUAAAGUGGUUGCUGGCUACAUGAUGAUUGAGCAUGAGCAAAUAGCUCAGGGCCACGUCACUCCGAUUCCUAAAACCAUGCAGGGGUAUAGGUACAUAUUCCACGACGAAGAAGAAAUAGCUUCCCUGCUUCCCACAGCACCUGAAUAUAGAGUUGUAUUAGAUGAUAUGGCCGGAAAAUGCACCACCAUUGAUUCCGUGUGGCAAUGGAUCGAGAGCCAGAGUGGUUAUACCAUUGAAGCUAUGGACAUAUUGAAGGACUUCACACUUUCUUUCACAUUGUUUAAAUUGUUGAAGCGAAGAUUGUGUGGAUACCGUAUUGGUGAAGCUGGCCUCACCAAGACAUUACAUUUCGUGCUUCACGGGCUCAUCUCUGAAGAAGUAGGUGGAUCAUUCUGGACGAACUCCACAGUAAAACUAGGACUAGGGCAUCUGCAGGUGCAAGAAGCUGACAAUGAUGGUUCUACCAAACAACAGCAGCUGCAACAUCCUGGAGUUGGGGCCAGGCUUGGUAGAGAGCUCAGAGGCGUGGUUCCAGAGGCGUGGAGAUGGAAGGUGCUGGCUGACUUCUGGGCCGACUUCAUACUCUUCCUCGCGCCGUCAAGCAAUGCUGACAUCCACACCGAGAAGCUCGCCGCUGGCGGGGAGUUCAUGACCCACCUCUGGGCAUUGCUCACACAUGCCGGCAUUCUGGAGCGCCCCUCUAAUGCCGACGGCGUGGGAGGUAAUCAUGGUAACCCUGCACAUGAUUCUCCUGUUUGA